UGCCAACCUCUCAAAGGUGAGAAGUCUUUAUCUGGCAUGACGUUCACCUGAGGACAACGCCACCAUGCCUAACGUGACGACGUCAGUAACGGCAGACGAAGAGACCACUGCACAGAGGUACCUUCAGGCGAUAACACUGGCACUUCUCAUCCUGCUUGGUCUGGGUUUGAAUCUCAUCGUCAUCAUCACGUACAUCUCCAGCAAGCUGCUGCGGCAAAGUAAACACAACGUCUUCAUCAUGCACCUGAUGCUGUGCGACAUGGUCUACGUGCUGUGGGUGAUGCCGGUGUCUGGGACGGAGGUCUUCUGUCCUGACGGAACGUGCUUCCCUGCGCUACGAGAAGGAAUCUUGUGUGAGGUGACGGGCUUCCUGUCCGUGUUCCAGUGUACACUAGCCAGCCUGACGCUGGCCACCAUCGCUGUCGACCGCUACGUCGCUGUUCUCCACCCCAUGCGCUACAUCACCGACUUCACCAAGGCAAGGUGUUUAGGUCUGUUAACCAUCUGCUGGCUGUGGGCGAGCCUGACCGCCCUGCCGCCAUUGUUGCCGACGAAGACCGCACACUACUACUUCGAGCCUGGCACCAAGCACUGUUCCCCCUCCUUCAGGUCCAGCUGCUGGUACUUCUGGUACGCCAUCGUCAUGGGCUACGGCAUCCCGCUUCCUACAAUGGCGUUCUGCUACUUCAAAGUGUCCAGGACCCUACGUGCUCACAAGAUGAAGAUCUUUGCUGCUUCAGUAGUUCGCCCGACGUCGGUGAAAGAACGCGAGGAGGUGACCGGCGUUAAGGAGAUAUCGUUGUGUCCAAACACUGCUAUAACCAACGCUGUUACUGUCAAUGACGGUGGCACACCAUACAACGACACAGGCAUCUACGGUAAACACAAGCCAUUGCCCGCAAAGAGGUCACACAUACGCAGCGUAGACAAACAGAUCGCAAAACGAGGUGCGCUGCUGAUCACCGCCUACUUCUUGUGCUGGGGCCCAUACGCCGUCACCCACGCCUGUCCCGUGCACGUGAACACGUCACUGUGGGUGGACGUGGGCGCCAUGUGGCUCGUCUACUCCCUCACUGUCAUCAACCCCCCUCAUCUACGUCUUCAACAACAGAAAUUUCAGGAUGGAGCUCAAAAAGAUGUUUAUAAAAUGCCCCAGGUGUUGAUUUACAAAAUACGUUGUCAUGAACAACACAGGCAGACUGCGUCAGCGUGGAACAGCUGAGACGAGGUUCAGGCACAUGGUGUCUGGAACACAUCAAACACACUGGAGCUCAGGCAAAUGUCUCUGGAGCUCAGAACAAUGUAUCUUUAGUUCAGGCAAAAGGGGCUCAGGAAGGUGAGUCUGUAAUUUAGGCAAACAUGUCUUGAGCUCAGGCACAUGAGUCUGGAACUCAAGUUCCAGACGCAGAAAUGUUGGUGUAUUCCCUCAGGAAGCGAAAGUGCUGAAGACAGAAAUAUCUUUACAUGCCAGCAAAUAUGCUGUAUCAAUGAAGACAAUUUGACACUGCAACGAAAUAAAUGCACUGAAAGAAUAAAAAGGUUGAAUCUGUA